AUGCAGCCGUACACAUCUCAUUUGCAUAGAGUUGAUCAGUCAGUUGAUUGUGGCCUGUUGAAUGUUGUCCCACUCCUUCAAUGGCUGUGCGAAGUUGCUGGAUAUUGUCAGGAACUGGAAUAUGCUGGCGUACACGUCGAUAGAAAAGAUCCCGAACAUGCUCAAUGGGCGACAUGUCUGUUCUACCUGCCACCAUGUCGCUGGAAGCACCAGACAUGGGCCACGAUCCUGCACCAGACAUGGGCCACGAUCCUGCACCAGACAUGGGCCACGAUCCUGCACCAGACAUGGGCCACGAUCCUGCACCAAACAUGUCCCCAGAACUAGCUGCAGAUUCCGCUCCAGCCCCAGAAUUAGCCCCUGAGCUAACAGCAGAUUCAGCCCCAGAACUAGCUGCAGAUUCAGCUCCGGUCCCAGUAAUGAAUCCAGGUUGUAAGAUCAUGACAUUCCGGCCCACCAUGGAGGAAUUUAAGGACUUUGCCAAAUACAUUGCCUACAUGGAGACUCAAGGAGCACACCGCGCAGGCCUGGCGAAGGUGAUUCCCCCCAAGGGCUGGAAGCCACGGAAGUCAUAUGACGUCAUUGAGGAGAUGACGAUCCCUGCUCCCAUCAUGCAGGUGGUGACUGGCCAGUCAGGCCUCUUUACCCAGUACAACAUCCAGAAGAAGUCCAUGACUGUGGGGGAGUACCGCCAACUGGCCAACAGCAGAAAGUACUGUACUCCCCGACACAAGGACUUUGACGACCUGGAGAGGAAGUACUGGAAGAACCUCACCUUUGUGUCUCCAAUCUACGGGGCUGACGUCAGCGGCUCCAUCUAUGACUCCGAGAUUAGUGAGUGGAACAUCGGCCACCUGAACACGCUGCUGGACAUGGUGGAGCAGGAGUGUGGCAUCGUGAUCGAGGGGGUGAACACUCCCUACCUGUACUUUGGCAUGUGGAAGACCACCUUCGCCUGGCACACAGAGGACAUGGAUCUCUACAGUAUCAACUACCUCCACUUUGGAGAGCCCAAGUCCUGGUAUGCCAUCCCACCUGAGCACGGGAAAAGGCUGGAGAGGCUGGCUCAAGGUUUCUUCCCAGGCAGUUCCCAGGGCUGUGACGCCUUUCUCCGCCACAAGAUGACUCUCAUCUCCCCGUCCAUACUGAAGAAGUACAGCAUCCCCUUCGACAGGAUCACUCAGGAAGAAGGCGAGUUUAUGGUCACCUUUCCUUAUGGCUAUCACGCCGGAUUCAACCACGGCUUCAACUGCGCCGAGUCCACCAACUUUGCCACCCUGCGUUGGAUUGACUACGGCAAGAUGGCAACACAGUGUACAUGUCGUAAGGACAUGGUGAAGAUCUCCAUGGACGUGUUUGUCCGCUGCCUGCAGCCGGAGCGCUACGUCCAGUGGAAACAGGGCAAGGACGGCAUGGUGCUGGACCACCAGCGACCCACCACCCUGACCAGCCCUGAGCUGGAGCACUGGAGGGCCAACCGGGUCACCUACCGCCAGAAACUGCUUCAGAGAGCUUUACAGAAGAAGGAGCAGCUGCGGCGGCUGAAACUGGAGGAGGUCAAGGUUCUGGCGGAGGAAGGCAUCGAGAUGGAUGCCGCCGAGUACCAGCGUCAGGUGGAGGAGCGAGAGGCCCAGCGGCGCCAGGAGAGGGAGGAGAGGAUGGCCCGGGAGGCGUUUCAGACCCUGGAGGCCAUGGAGAGAGAGGACCAGGAGAGGGAAGAACAGGAGAGGCAGGACCGAGAGAGGCAGGAAGCCGUUGCCGCCAAGGCCACAAGAGUACACGACCCCCAGGCAGACCCACAGCACUUGACGGCAAAUGGAGAGAAGAAAAAGAAGAAGAAGAAGAAGAAGAAGAAGCAACAACAACCUACCCUGCCACUGGCCCCUAUAAAUUCCUUCCAAGCAGCGUUUGAGAAGUUUGCCACAUUCAACAUGCCCCAGACACCAAAGGAACCCCAAGGCAGCAAUGACACGGAAAUACCAGCAGAGGGCAGGCUUGAUGUGAAAGGCAUGCAGCAGCAGUCAUCGUACUACUCUAAGCAGUUGAAGAUUAAGAUGGAGGUGAAGAAGAGUCGCCGGCACCCCCUCAGCAAGCCGCCUAUGCGCUCUCCGCUAUCCAUCGUCAAGCAGGAAAUGUCCAGCGAUGAAGAGCUGUUCUCCCCUUUGCCACUGGAUGGCCAUGUGAAGAAGGCGGGCCACUUGUGGCAGAACCGCACUCCUAACAUCCUGGCUGAGAAGAGUUUCAACGCGGCCGUGGCCACCCUGGAACCCUACUGUGCCGUAUGCACCCUGUUCUGCCCAUACACCCAGCCCCAGAAGGACUCUCUGUACCUGUCUGACAGCCCCAGCGCCCUCAACCACACCCACACUCCCGGCUGCGGCAGCCGCACCCACCCGCUGGUCCCAGAGAUGUGCUUCAGCGCCGGGCCGGACAACACGGAGCCGCUGCCCUCCAACUCCCACACGGGAGAAGACUGCACCAGCCCGCUGAUCUCCUGCUCCUUCUGCAGCCUGCAGGUCCACUCCAGUUGUUAUGGUGUUAGUCUGGACACGGUACACAAUCAGUCCUGGAUGUGUUCGCGAUGUACAGCGCUCGCCUGGACAGCGGACUGCUGUCUGUGUAACUUACGGGGAGGGGCUCUGAAGAUGACCACAGACAACCGGUGGGUCCAUGUGAUUUGUGCCAUCGCCGUGGCGGAGGCUCGCUUCGUCAACGCCAUCGCAAGGGAGCCGGUAGACAUCAGCGCCAUCCCCGAUAGCAGGAAGAGUCUGAAGUGUGUGUACUGCCACAAGAACACCAAGCAGAUGUGCGGGGCGUGUAUCCAGUGUUCCCACGACAACUGCUCCACCUCCUUCCACGUCACCUGCGCCCACAUCGCCGGUGUGCUCAUGAAGCCAGCCGAUUGGCCCUACGUGGUGUCUGUCACCUGCCACAAGCAUAAGAAGACCAAUCACAAGGCAAGGGUGGGGCCAAGGGGGGAGUUUUCUCUUGGUCAGAAGGUAAUUGGUCGGAACAUCGAUGGCUGGUUCUACCCCUGCACCAUCAUUGGCAUGACCUCACAAACCUUCUACGAGGUCAACUACGAUGACGGCUCCUACUGUGACAACAUCUUCCCCGAGAACGUUGUGAGUCACGACUGUCUUCGUAACGGUCCCCCAGAGACCGGCGAGCUGACGUUGGUCCACAACAUGGAGGGCCAGGCGCUCAACGCCUCCUACGUCAAGGAUCACGUGCACAAGUACUACCAGGUGGAGUUCCAAGAUGAGUCCCAGCUGUUACUGAAGCAAACAGAGAUCCAUUCGCUGGAGCAGGACCUGCCCAAGAGGGUCUGCACUCGCCUGGCAAUACCAACCCAGGAAGCCCUUCUGACAGGAGACGAACCACAGGCAGCCAAGAGGCCUCGCCUCCCCGCCCCUCACCCCACACCUCAAGCCCCCAUGGACCCCGGAUGCCAACCCCCAGCUACAGGCCCUGUACCUCACAGUAUUACACCUCACACACCCAGCCAUGCUCCUGGUCCCUCCAACACUGAUAUCAGUGCCCUUACCCUCACCCAGGCUCUGGCAAUACCCAUCUCCGAGCCCACCCUCACCCCAAUGCCAACUCUCACUGAUCCUCUCCCAGCCCUGUCGGCCCUAGCCGCCCCUCUGCUGCCCCUCUCCCCAGCCGUUCACUUCCAGGACCAGGGUGAAGCUUACACAGCCAGGUCCGUGCCCUUCCAGGACCAGGGUGAAGCUUACACAGCCAGGUCCGUGCCCUUCCAGGACCAGGGUGAAGCUUACACAGCCAGGUCCGUGCCCUUCCAGGACCAGGGUGAAGCUUACACAGCCAGGUCCGUGCCCUUCCAGGACCAGGGUGAAGCUUACACAGCCAGGUCCGUGCCCUUCCAGGACCAGGGUGAAGCUUACACGCCCAGCUCCAGCUACGUGUCCUACAUGGAGACGCUGCUCAAUACACACUUCCCCCCUCAGGAAGAUGGCCCCGGGCCCCUGUUUUAAUGAGACGCCACCACUCUGCCGUGAUAGCUAGGCUAACAGGAGCUAAGCUAAUGCUAGGAAAGAUAAUGUAAUCUAUGCUAAAGGAGGCUAAGUGAUAGACAGUAGCAUCUGUUACAGAAUGCAGAUAAAGCACUCCUCAGUUGCAUGUCUUUUUUUUUUAUUUUUAGGGUGGGUGGGAGUUUGGGGGGGUUCUCACUGCUGUGGUGUGGUUAUGGGCUGUUCCUAGAACUGCAGCUGAAGAGGAGGCUUCUUUGUGGUGUGGUUAUGGGCUGUUCCUAGAACUGCAGCUGAAGAGGAGGCUUCUUUGUGGUGUGGUUAUGGGCUGUUCCUAGAACUGCAGCUGAAGAGGAGGCUUCUUUGUGGUGUGGUUAUGGGCUGUUCCUAGAACUGCAGCUGAAGAGGAGGCUUCUUUGUGUUGUGGUUAUGGGCUGUUCCUAGAACUGCAGCUGAAGAGGAGGCUUCUUUGUGGUGUGGUUAUGGGCUGUUCCUAGAACUGCAGCUGAAGAGGAGGCUUCUUUGUGGUGUGGUUAUGGGCUGUUCCUAGAACUGCAGCUGAAGAGGAGGCUUCUUUGUGGUGUGGUUAUGGGCUGUUCCUAGAACUGCAGCUGAAGAGGAGGCUUCUUUGUGGUGUGGUUAUGGGCUGUUCCUAGAACUGCAGCGAAAGAGGAGGCUUCUUUUCCACUUCUUCUGUGUUUGUCUGCCAUUUGUGCAAAACGCAAAAUGUAUAGACUCACAAGCAUCAUCACCUUACCUCUUUCUAUCCAGUUAUUUACCCGCUUUUACAGAACGGUGACGUCAGCUUUUUUUGUGUUCAUCUAUGAAACCAGCAACAACUAUUUUUUAAUAGAAGCUUUACCAACUGCUUACAAUGAAACAGAACAGCAUAUGGACAGAAUAUUUGUGUACAGUUUCAAUAAUGUAUUUUUGUUUGUGAGAGGUCCUGGGGAAAGGGUGGAGAUGUAUUACAAGGGGGGUUGACAAGUAUUUAAAUGUCUUAUUCAUAUAUUGAUAUAAAAUCCUUGUAGAAAGAUAAAACAUUUUGUUGGGGGGGAAUGGUAGUUACACUUUAUUGUAAUCUUGUCUGCAGAACCAUUGAAUUUUGUGAAGAUGUGUUGCAGUAGUUCUGAAUGUGUCCCUGUAUCGAACAAACCCAAAAACCAUCAUGUUCACAUUGGUCACGUUUUCCAACUCCAGAACUUCUCUGGGCUUUGUUUUGUAGCAUUCUUCCUAAAAAUCAAUGUUACUAUUCGACGUUGUCUGUUCGUAUGACUAUUCUUUCUAUGUUUAUUUUGUGAAUAUAUUAACCUCACGAGGUGAUCCGAGAAAAUGCUUUGAUUAUGAAAUGAUGAUCCUUUUUUGAGAUUUUAGAGAGAGAGGUAAAUUGAAUUUCUACUCCAGUAAACAAAACCUGCAUUUUCAAAUGGUAUGUUAACGAUCUUUAUAGAGGUGCUAUCCUGUAUGACUGGGGAAGCAUGUUUCUCAUACCCACAGUCACAUUAUACAUAGUGCAAGCCUUUGUGUGUGAAUCAAAUCUGUUAAUGUCAUACUAGCCAUGUAAUUGAACUGUUAUUACAAUAGAAUGUCAUGACAGAUCAAUGUUCCUAUGUGGAAACCUACUGUGAAGAGGCUUUAUUUCAUAGGAAUUAAACUGAGUUGUUAUAGCCA